CAUUUGGGGGAUAUCUGUACCGUCCUGACAUUUGGGGGAUAUCUGUCCUGUCCUGACAUUUGGGGAUAUCUGUACUGUCCUGACAUUUGGGGGGAUAUCUGUACCGUCCUGACAUUUGGGGGAUAUCUGUACCGUCCUGACAUUUGGGGGAUAUCUGUACUGUCCUGACAUUUGGGGGAUAUCUGUACUGUCCUGACAUUUGGGGGAUAUCUGUACUGUCCUGACAUUUGGGGGAUAUCUGUACUGUCCUGACAUCUGUGGGAUAUCUGUACUGUCCUGACAUUUGGGGGAUAUCUGUACCGUCCUGACAUUUGGGGGAUAUCUGUACUGUUCUGGUAU